UGCUUGGCAUCAGACUUUGUUUCCCUGAGGUUAAGAGGCUAAAAGUGUUUUGUGCAUAAAUCUCUGGGUUAUAAAUAGCUGUAUUAAUUUGGCUAUUUCUGUAGCUCUGAAGUUUUGGUGAUCUUCUUUGGUUUGCCUCUUUGCUUGUGACUCCCUGGAAAGGAUAAUCCUUUUCUCAGAAGCCUUAUUUCUGUUCCAGUAAGGUGUUUAUGAAUGUAUGUAUGCACAUCACCUUGAUGGAUUCCAUUGUACAGUAUUUGCAAUCAGCUUUCAUUUCUGAAGGUGAACGUUGAGAGCAGUGCUUGGAACUUGUGUAUUUAAGAUCCUAAUCCACGUUUGAAGUGGAAUGUUUGUGCAGUUAAACGUUCUGUUGCUAUGUUUUACUGCCAAUGUAUAUUUUUAUUCUGAAUAUAAGUAUUACAAAGGAUAAUACAUGAGCCUGAGUCACCAGAAAAAGAAUUCAGAAACCUAGUUGGUUUAAUUCAAUGUUUGCACUAUAAUUUUUUCCCCUUGUGUUGUGUGGAACAUGACAUACAAAUAAGUUGUCAGUAGUUGUUGAAAACUCCAUGGAGAAUUUCAAGUAUUCCGGUAGUACUGGAUUUAUCCCAAAGCAGAGUUGGCUCAGCUUGUCUCAAAAAGUUGAUCCCGGCUGUGUCCAUAGCUGCCGGGCAUUGGUGUGAAUUCUGGGAGAAAUCAAAGUCCUGGAGGUUUUGAAAGAGGAAACAGUAUUGGUGUGUUUUAGAGGGGGGACAGAGGCGUGUUAAAGAAUUCCAGCCAGCCUGGUGUGAGGCAGUUGACCAGGCAGUGAGGGGUGCAGCGCUGUUGGAGUUGAACAAUGCUGUUCCUGUCACAGCUGGCAGGGGUCACUGGAAAGCAGUGGACUUUAUUUCUUUCCUAAUUCUCCAAAGUUACAUAUUCUGUCUUCCUUGGCUUUUUCUAUACAUCUGUCUUUACUUAUUUCUAGUAGAAAUACUGUUGAAGAAAUUUUUUGUCUUUUCUCAGGACCCCUGUGAGUGAGAAUGAUUCCAGUCAAAGAUUGGAAUUUGGGUUUUCCUUUGUCUGUGAGGAAGUUCUUUUCAUAAUAAAAAGUGUUGUAUAUGGAUUCAUCAUCGGACAGUUCAUGUGGAUUUUUAGCAAGACUUAUUAAGGGCACAAAGCUUGUACAUUGCUUCCUUUGUCUGUCUUCUCCCAUUUGAGUCACUUCUUACUCAGGUGAUGAAACCAAAGUUAAUGGCAGCUGAAAGACAUUAACUACCUACACUGUGACAAAUUUCUAUAAAACUUUUGAUAGGUAGUGUCCCAAAUUAAUAUUCCUAUCCAGAAAAGACAGUCAUAAUUGAGUCCCUCCUUUCUCCAAGAAGUGAGCAGCUGCUGGGCAGUCUGUGUGCUGAGCUCUGAGCCAUCAGCACUAGCCUACUUUGGCUGGCCCAGCCAAGCACUUGGGAUGGUUGUUAUGAUGGGUGGGGGGCAGGAAAAAUAUUAUGGGUGGGGACAAUGGUAAGAGCAGGCAGACUUAAUUGCUUCUGCCCACAGAGCGAGGUAGGCCUGUUUUUUCUGUAAUGUUUUUUUUGUUUUAUGAAGGAAACAAAACAAAACUCUUGGGGUACCUGUCAGAGGUACUGCUGCAUCUUCCUUUUUGAGGACAAUUGAUCAUCACUUACUUAAAGAUAUGUGACGGUGUGAAAAGUAACAGACUUUGAAAGCUUUUAAUAUCGGUUUUCUCCCUUGAGUUUACUGUUGUGUUAUUUAUAAAGGUCCUUCUUGAUGGGUGCAGAGGAGGAAAUGGUUAACUGUUUGAAGAAAUUAUAUUUGGAUUUUUAAGAGCUUAAUAAAUUGCCAUAAGGGAAAAAAGAGUUAAUACUGAUUAGAGUGAUAAUGUAUUGCUGUGUAAUGUUUGGGCAUGCUCUACUUGUAAUCAUAGAAUGAUUUAGCUAAGGGUCAUUGGAGGUCAUCAGUCUGGUCCAGCCCCAUCUCAGAGCAGCUUCAAAGUUAGAGCAAGCACAUAUACAUAUAGAGAUAUAGCCAUUGAAUUGUAGCACAUAUACAUAUAGAGAUAUAGCCAUUGAACUGUAGCACAUAUACAUAUAGAGAUAUAGCCAUUGUAUUGUCAGGAAAUUUAGAAAUACAGCUUGUGUUUGUGGUGAGCUUUUUUGUUUGGUUUUUUUUUUAGUUGAAGGGGAGGAUAUCGGAGAGUUCCUAGAACUAUUCUCUUAUUUCUUGAUUUAUGCAUGUGAAUGGGAUUUUUUCCAAAUUUGUUUCCUCUGGGAAUACAUGUAACAUUCAGUAUUUAAUUCUUUGUUCAUUUGAGGUGGUCUUCGUAGAUGUUCUCCAAAGAGCCUUCCUUUCUGGAAUAAGUCCAAGCAUUGGGCUCCUAUUUGCAAAUAAUUUGUGGUUCUGUUCUUAAAAAAAUAAAAUACAACUGCAGAGUGGGAGAAGAAAUUAAAGCAAUAUCACAUCAAACAUGAAAUCGUGCAAGCCUUGCAUUUUGGAAGUUGGCCAGCGCCAGAUGCUUUUGGGGUUUAGGUGGCUGGCAGAUGCUGGCUUGGCAGCUGAGCACUCUUCGUGUUGAUGUGUCCAAGGGACAGUUUGUUCUGUGUGUGGCUCAUACUCUCCUUGGUAUUGGCUCCUGGCUGCCGUGCCGUCGGGUUCAGGGCAGUGUUUGGAUGGCCCAGCACAGGCCAGUGAUCUCUUUGGAUGCUUUCUUGCAUCCUGGGUUAUGAAGCUUGAGAUUCCCUCAGCUGUGUGUUUAUUUUUUUUCCCCUUAUUAUUAUUGUGUGUUUAAAUAGCUGCUUUCUUUUCGAAUGGGAGUAAAAUCUUGGCUUCAAUGACUUCCUGUGGCAGCGGGUCUAACAGUCUACUUAUGUGUUGUAAUAUAAUAUUUCUCAGUUAAAAAUUUGGCUUUGCUAUCCUCUCAGCUUAGUUAAUAAAUAAAGUUGCCUGUAUUACUGGGAAGCUGUAGUUUUCUUCACUUUAUUUUCUGUUUUUCUCUUGAAGUCUCAUUUAGUUUACUACAAUGCCUUAUUUUUCUGUUCAUGGUUGCCUGUUUCAAUAGGAAAGUCUUUCAACUUGUUGGUAAUUCAUAGCCUGUCUCAGAACCCCUCCCCCAAUAUUUUAAUAUUCUUCUCCCAAUAAAGUAGGUGUAUUUCAAAUCAGAUUGCACAGCUGAUGAACAGAGCUGUACUAUAGUUUUCCUUGUCGUCCCCCUUUCGUUCAGGUCUCCCUGCUCUUCUGACUGUAUUAAAAUGGAUGGCAGAGGUCCCUGAGCUGCUGAAGUUCCCUUCUGGAUUUGAGAUAUCAUUUCUGAAGGCUUUGAGUGGUGUUCGUAGUUUGCUCCCCCUGCCUUCCCUUACAGAUAACAUUGACAUGGUUGUUGCUGAUUAACGUUUAUUUUGCCUUUUCAUUGUUAAAGUUCAUGCAUAUUUUUAAGCUUUGCUACGUUAAGAUUGCCAUUUAAAAAUGUUACUGCUUCAGGUUUUCUUUUCUUCUUUGCAGUAUAAAAGAUGAAUAUAGUGAGCCCUGCUGAACCAUUUAACAGAAGCUUAACAUUUGGAAUAAUAGGACAGGGUUCAGUUCACUCUAUUUCAGAACUUAAUUUAGGCAGUACUUCACAAUAAACGCUUAGUCUACUGGUCCAGAUAGGAGGAGGAGAGGGCAAAUAGCCCUAAUUAGUCGAGAUUAUUGUCAAUGGUGCUUGAGAAGGCUUAUGGGGAGACAUCCAGAGUGUUCAAGCUGGCUGUGGUUGGGGCUGCGCCGGUGCCAUUCGUGCUCACCAUUUGUGCCAUUGGUACUGCAUGAAGCUGUGCGGAGGUGAAUCGUGGGAGAGCUGCUCGUGGCUCAGCAGGGACAGCCAGGGCCUGGGAGCUGUGUCCUGUGUGAUGGAUGGGCUCUGGGGCUGGAAGCUAGUCUCUAAGGACAGUGUCCUGUGGUGAUGCUAGUUUAGAGCAGUUAAAACCCUUGUGGAGUCUUAUGGGGCUAUCCUGACCUUCGCCAUCGGUUGUGUGGACGUAUCUUUAGGAAGAGAUUGUGUGUGCUUGAAGUUCCCUCUUUAGAGCUCUGGGAGCUAGCAGGAAUGUCUCUACCCUUACCUGUCUGGCCCUGGUAAGCAAUGACAUGGUGUCUGUGUUCCUCUCUCUAGUAAAAGUUUGAUGCUUGGAAAAAUCACCUGGAAUUUGCCAUUUCUGGAUGCUCUCGUCCUUUAACAGAGUAGUCACCAGCACAUGUGUGUUGGAUGAGGCCCUGAAUGUCUGCCUCUAUGGCUACUGGGUGCUAAGGUAUGUGAAAGUUAAUGGAACAUAGAGACACCAGACUAGGAAAGUUUAGCGUGUUUGGUUUCGGGAUUAGGAUGGCUCUGCGUGAAGGGGAAUGGGGAUUUGUGUGCGCUUUGCCUUGGACUGGCACUGACUGGAAGAGCUGCAGGCCAGUGGUCUGUGAUCCAAGGAGCUUCUGGGCGCUGGUAUCAGGUGAUCAAUAGCCUGCUCUAUGCAGACUGGAUGCUGCUGUUAAUCUUCAUUAUCCAAUUAGCUGAUUGCAGUGAAGAAUGUUGAUUCCAGAUUUUGUUCAGUGUUCUGGCUGGUUUUAAUCUGUGGCAAUGUUUGCUUUUCAUAGAUAACAGACUCUUUGGAAGUCUUUGACAUCUUUCCAAAGGUUCUUUGAAAGUCCACAUAUGUUCUAUCACUUGCUCUUGUCUAUCAGUUAGUUUGACAUGUCCAGAAAUACUGAUAGACUGAGACAUGAUCUUCCUGUGUAGAAACUGCUGAUUAGACCCUAUCAGAUAGUCUUUCGGGUAUAAUGGUGUUCCAUUUUUAAUGAUUGUUUUGAGGACCUUGCCAGAUACACAUGUAAGGCUUGUUACUCUGCAAUUCCUUGCUUGGAUCUCUCCAGAGACUUUUUUUGAAAAGAAUUUAAAAAUUCAUGCUCAGCAUUUUCAACUCUGUUCCUACAGAACAGUGGCUGUUAUAAGAGGCUGCAGCUUUUUCCGACAGCUCAGCCACUUCAUGCCUCAGCUGCUUCAAAAACUUGCUGGAUAACUAUUUGUAGAACAUGAUGCAAACUUGGUGCUUUAGGAGUGGUUUUCAGCUUCCUGACUGUAGUCAUCAAGAAGCCACAACUCUGCUGUGCAGUGCUUGGUGACAGAUAAACAUGUCUUCCUAAACACAAGUCAGUAUUUCCAGUGAGCAAGAUUUAUUAUUGCGUUAGGAAUCUCAAGAAAGAAGAAAGGAGCAUGGCAUUUUAUUUCAAGUGGCAGAACUCCCCUGGGUUUAAGUGGAGGAAGGAUGACUCCUGCCUAAAAUGAUUCUGUGAAUUCAGUGGAAUAAAUGGCGUCCAGAGUAACUGAUGCUAUAGUUUGGUACCAGAAAAAGAUUGGAGCAUAUGAUCAACAAAUAUGGGAAAAAUCAGUAGAGCAAAGAGAAAUAAAGUUUAUUAGACUGGGUUUGAGAAACAAACCAAAGAAAACAGGACAUGUGAAACCAGACCUCAUAGAUGUUGAUCUUGUAAGAGGAUCUGCUUUUGCUAAAGCAAAACCUGAAAGUCCUUGGACAUCUUUGACCCGCAAAGGAAUCGUGAGAGUUGUUUUCUUUCCAUUCUUCUACAGGUGGUGGCUCCAAGUGACAUCAAGAGUCAUUUUUUUCUGGCUGCUUGUUCUUUACCUUCUCCAAGUUGCUGCUGUAGUGCUGUUCUAUACAGCCCAAAGCCCACAUAAUAUACCUCUGACUGAAGUCAUUGGGCCAAUAUGGCUCAUGUUGCUGCUUGGGACUGUGCACUGUCAGAUUGUUUCAACACGAACUCCUAAGCCACCUCCCAGCACAGGGGGUAAAAGAAGAAGGAAAUUAAGGAAAGCAGCACAUUUGGAAGUACAUAGGGAAGGAGAUGGCUCUAGUACCACAGAUAACACACAGGAGGGAACAGUGCAGAGCUACGGUACAAGCACCUCUUGCAGUAUUGGCGCUGUCUUCAGAGAUAUCUGGCAUGCUGCUUUCUUUUUAUCAGGAUCUAAGAAAGCAAAAAACUCAAUAGAUAAAUCCACUGAAACUGAUAAUGGCUACGUGUCCCUUGAUGGGAAAAAGCCAGGUAAAGGCAGUGAAGAAGGUGUUCAGGGCCAUGAACGUCGGUGUGAAGUGAUCAGGCCAGAAGAGACAGGGUGGAGCCCUUCCACAGUGAGGGAUGCCCUGAGCAACCACAGUCACCACAAAGAUACUCACAGGACUGUGACAAAUUUAUCAGAUGAAGUUUCUAGUGAGGAAGGGCCUGAGACUGGCUAUUCUUUACGCCGCAAUGUAGAACGCACCUCUAGCGACUGCACGCUUCGAAACAGGAAAUCUCACCAUUACAAGAAACACUACCCUCUGGAGGAUACACCUAAGUCAGGUACCAGCUGCAGUUCCCGGUGCUCAAGCUCCAGACAAGACUCAGAGAGCACGAGGCCAGAGUCAGAAACGGAAGAUGUGCUGUGGGAGGACCUCCUGCACUGUGCUGAGUGCCACUCGUCCUGCACCAGCGAGACAGAUGUGGAAAGCCCUCAAGUGAACCCGUGUGUGAAGAAAGAAUUCAGAGAUGACCCAUUUCAUCAGAGUCAUUUGCCUUGGAUCCACAGUUUGAAUCCAGGACUAGAAAAAAUAAGUGCAAUUGUAUGGGAGGGUAAUGACUGCAAGAAAGCAGAUAUGUCUGUGCUUGAAAUCAGUGGUAUGAUAAUGAAUAGAGUGAACAGCCAUAUACCAGGAAUUGGCUAUCAGAUUUUUGGAAAUGUCAUAUCUUUAAUCUUGGGUUUAAUGCCCUUUGCCUUUCGACUUUUCCAAGCUAAAGAUGUAGAACAACUUGCUGCACAUUCUGCCACUGAGCUUUGCAUGACUGCAUUUGGAUCAGAUGGAGAUGUUCUAGUUCUCUCAAUGGUUAUUAUCAGUUUCGUGGUCCGAGUGUCUCUCGUGUGGAUUUUCUUUUUUCUGCUCUGUGUAGCAGAGAGAACAUAUAAACAGAGGCUGCUUUUUGCUAAACUUUUUGGUCAUCUAACAUCUGCCAGAAGGGCAAGAAAAUCAGAGGUACCUCACUUUCGCUUAAAGAAAGUGCAGAAUAUAAAAAUGUGGCUUUCUCUCAGGUCCUAUCUAAAGCGUCGAGGUCCUCAGCGCUCAGUGGAUGUGAUAGUUUCAUCUGCCUUCCUACUGACUAUCUCAGUUGUGUUUAUCUGUUGUGCACAGCUACUUCACAUGCAUGAGAUUUUCCUUGGUUGUCACUACAACUGGGAACUCGUAAUUUGGUGCAUUUCUCUAACUGUUUUUCUCUUAAGAUUUGUUACUCUUGGAUCUGAAACAAGUAAAAAGUACAGCAAUACCUCAAUAUUACUUACUGAGCAGAUAAACUUGUACUUGAAAAUGGAGAAAAAGCCUAAUAAGAAGGAGGAACUGACACUAGUGAACAAUGUUUUAAAACUUGCUACUAAGUUAUUGAAGGAACUGGACAGUCCCUUUAGGUUAUAUGGGCUUACAAUGAAUCCUCUGCUUUACAACAUCACCCAGGUUGUCAUCCUGUCAGCUGUUUCUGGUGUCAUCAGUGACUUGCUUGGAUUUAAUCUAAAGCUCUGGAAGAUCAAAUCUUGACAGUAUAGAAAGAAGAUGAAAUAACACAGUGUUACAGAAAAGGUCAUUGAUGGACAAAACUGCCUCACAGCAGCCACUGAAUCUGUAUUUCAGAAGCUACAACCUCUUCAAGGAAGUAAUUUGGAAAACGGAAGUGUUUACAUCUGUCUUGUGCAAUCUUUGUAUUUAUUUCAUCUUCUCACUGGUUUAUGUUUGUUUUAAUUGACAUUUAUGUUUUGUUUUCAAAUUACUUGCUUUGUUCUGGAAAGGGUCAAAUUUAGGAAGGGUCAAAAACUGUGUGUCUGAGAGUUUGAAAUCCUGAAGUACGACCACACUAAAUUGCUCUAUUGGUUGUUAAAGCUAAGCCAAUGCUGAACAUUUUUAGUUACCAGUAACACUAUAUGGAAGUCAUUUGAUUUUUGAUAGUGUGGUGGAAUCGUUUCGAAUAUUUCAUUUGCACCAGUCAUUUAUGAGGACAGUGUCAACAGAUGCUUGGUUGCAAUGGAAAAGUGAGACAUACUCAAAAAAUAAAGUACUGACAAUACAGUAUGACAGGUAGCAAAAAGGUUUUAUAAUACUAUUAGAAAAAAAUUUCUAAUAUUUUGAGUAAUUCCAGGAUCUAAAGUCAUAUAGGCUGCAGUUUAAAUAUCCUGGGAUAUUAAAAAGGUAUCAUAUAAGAAGUCAACAAGUGUUCUUUGAUAACACAUUUAUUAGAGCAAUAAUUGUAAAUGGUUACCAUGCUGUAUGAUAUUUUGAUAAAAAUUAAAUAUUGUAUUUAUUUGAAAUACUGGGCUGUUCUGUGCAGCUCUGACUGUGCAUGUGCACUUUUUAUUGUUACUUUUAAUGAGAAACUUUAUACAUAUAAAUGUAUAUUAAUUGGGAUAUAUUAUGGUGAACUAUGGAGCAGUAUGUAUUAUAUGUUGAAGUUGAGUAUUUAAACAAGCAAAUUAUUUACUGGUGAAAGGAAUGCUUUGAAUGACUGAGCAAAAGAUAGAUAGAUGCUCUCCUCUUGUACACUAUAGUAUAUGCCAUUCAUACCACAUUGAAGUUUAAGAACAAUUAAACACAAAGAACAAGUUGCUCUGGUGAGCAGCAGAGCUGCAAAGCCACGUAUUUGGCAGGUUUGUGUCUUGAAAUAACUCCCAUUCCUCCCUAGCAGGUGUCAUUCCAUGUGCUUUCUGCUGGGGUUUCUAACACCUCUCCCUCUGCCUCCCACAAGGACCAGUCAUAUUGACUCGUGGUUCUUCAGCGUGACAAAAAUAAUGUGUCCAUCCCUGUGAAAUUAAGUGACUUGUAACAAACUUUCCUUCUGCAAAUUUUUCUGGGAGGACUAAUACCACGAGGCACAAGUAUUCUUAUAUUUUAUGUUUCUAAAAUACUGGUUUCAUACUGAAAAGUUACAAGUAAUUGUUAACGAGAGUCUGGAUAUUGCCCUAUGUUUGCUAAUGUUCAGAAUCUUGAAAGAUUUGAAGUAUUGAGUCUUAAACUUAUGUGGUAUAAAAAUAUUUUUAUAUAUAAAGCAACACAAACAAGCAUUUUGUAUUUUAUUUGCCUCUGUACUAAUGUUUAAUAAUGACCAAAGUGCAUUCUGGUUUUUGGAAGAAUGUAUUACUGGAGCUUUAAGAACAUACUAUAUUUAGUUUCUCAUGUGAAAACUUCAGCUGCCUCUGAUCUGUUUCUCCUUUCUCUGUUGUUUGACGUUGGGAUUGUUUUUAAAAAUUAAGUACAUUUUAUACACAGUUUUUUUCCAAAUUAUGGUACAGACCUACACAGAACUUAAUUUUGCACAAAAUAUCUUAAAAAAAAAAAAAAAAGAACAGCAGGAGUUCUAUGGGUGAUAAAAGAUAAGGCUGUUGCUUUUUACAGCCUGUCAUUAUUAACACCUAGAAGAAAACCAUUCUUUAGUCUAGAGUGGAAUUAUUUUUAGAAAUGUGAAAUAGUGACUAUAUGGCUUUCAUUACUUAAAAAAAAAAAAGGGUGGGAGAAAACACAGCGAUUUGGGUUGAAGGUGAAAUUAGUUUAACCAUGUAUACCUCAGCAACUAGCACUGUGCGGUUUGUUGCACUAACAAAUGGCGGCUUGGGGAAAGUAAAACAUUUGUGAAAUGAAAUUAAAAACAAUAAAAACCUUUAUUUGCUACCCUUAGGUAUAUUCAUUAUGUUAAAAAUGAGAGAGGUUUAUUCUCCAUCCCUUAAUGUGGAAAAUCCAGUAUAAGAAUAGAGGCAAGUAGAAAUAUGGCAGAUCUUGCGUUGUUAACUGUUAUUUUUUGCCACGUGUUUUGUAACUGAAAGUGUGAUCAGGCUUGGAAUAAAGCUUUCUGUGGCUGAUGGUAAAAAAGAAAAAAAA